AUGCCUGAACCAACUUAUACUGAGACACAAGAAGCUGAACUUAUUCGACAUAUCUUUUAUGGCAACUUGGAUAAUUUACCUAGUCUGGCUUCUAAAGUUUUGUGUAUAUUUACCUCAUCUACAUUUACAGAAUAUUGUCGAGAAAAACAUGGUCUAGAAUUUCAAGUUGUUGAUAUGCGUUGGGGUGUACGUGAUGAAGCAACAGAUGAUCAUAAAACAACCGAAUUAUGUAUGCAAGAAAUUGAUAAUUGUCAACGAGUUUCUGUUGGACCAAAUUUUGUGGUAUUUCUUGGUCAAAAAUAUGGUUAUCGUCCAUUACCAACAAAAAUUGAAGAAGCUGAAUUUCGUAAUGGUUUAUCUGUAUCAAGUCCAGAUGAUGCUCGAUUAUUUAGUCUAUGGUAUAAACUUGAUUCAAAUAAUAUUGCAAGUCUAUUUUGUUUACAACCAGUCAGUUUAAUUUUUAUUAAUUUUACAGAUAAAGCGAAUCCUCGUCUUAUGGAAGAAGAUGAAAGUCAAUGGUGGGAAACUACGGGUAAACUUAAUCGAGCAGUUCGAGUUGCUGCUUUAGAACUUUUAAAGCGAGGUAUAUUUUCACCAUUCGAUAAUCAUCGAUAUAAUCGGUCAGUUACUGAACAAGAAGUUGUUCGAGAAAUAUUAAAUGCUAAAGACAGAGUCGAUCAUACAUUAACGUUUUUUCGUAAUAUUGAAAAUAUUAAUAUCGGUUUACCACGUCAUUCAAUGAAAUUUAUUGAUAUUGUAUCAAAACAAGUUGAUGAAGAAGCACAACGUAUGUUAUCCGAUUUACGUGAUGUUCGUGUACCAGCAGCAUUAUCUGAAACAAGUAUUAUUCGAUAUACAGUUCAAUGGACCGAUGAAGAUGGUUUAAAUAAAACUUUUCAUGCUGAAUAUUUACAAAAUUUUAUUGAAACAUUUUAUACACGACUCGUAGAACUAAUCGAUCGUAGUGUUGAACAACAAAAGAGUUUAGGGUCUAAUCGAAUCUGUACAGAAAUUCUUCAACAACUUCAUGUUGUAAAUAAUUCCAGUCAAGAUUUUCAAGGACGUACUGAUGUUCUAGAACGUGUACGUCAUUAUGUUCAAGGUUCAUCAAAACAACCAUUAGUUUUAUGUGGUGACGGUGGUUGUGAUCAAUCAUCAUCAGCUGAUGGUGCGCAUUCAAUGUCUUGGUUACCGCCAUUUCUUCCAAAUCAUGUUAAACUUAUUGUUUCAACAUUACCUGGAAUAUAUAACAUAUUAAAUACACUUCGAAAUUUAAUUGAUAGUCAGGAAAAUUUUGUUCAAAUAAAGCCAUUAGGUGAAGAAUCAGGUAAAACAGUGUUAAAAGCUUGGUUAGCUCGUCAUCAUCGAACAAUAUCUGAAUCACAAUGGACAUUAGUUCAUAAACGUCUUGCUCAAUGUAGUACUCCAUUAUAUGUUAAAUUAGUAUUUGAUGAAAUAAAAUUAUGGAAAUCAUAUACAAAAAUACAAGAAAAAGAUUUAGCCACAACAAUAUCAACAUCAAUCAAUAAAUUAUUAGGACAAAUUGAAAAUCAAUAUGGACAUAUAUUAGUUGCACAUGCAUUAUCCUAUAUAACAGCAUCGAAAUCAGGUUUAAGUGAAGCUGAAUUAGAAGAUUUAAUAUCACUUGAUGAAACUGUUUUAAAUGAUAUUUAUCAAUAUCAUUUACCACCUAUUCGACGUAUACCACCAUUAUUAUGGACACGUAUAAGAAAUGAUCUACCAAAUUAUUUAGUCGAACGAGAAGCAGAUGGUGUUAGUGUUAGAUGUAUGUUUAAUAUAGCAUCAGCUGAAAGCGAAGCUGAUCGUAAAGUUCCAGCACAACCACUUAUAUUUAUAACUAGUAAUGCAACACCAACCGUUUAUACAGCACCAACUGUUCGUUAUAAUUUACGUAAAUUAAGUGAAUUACCAUAUCAAUUGAUACGUGCACAACGUGAAGAAGACUUAUAUAAGAAUGUUUUCUUUAAUUAUGAUUUUAUGCAUGCAAAAUUAUCAUGUAUACUAUUAAAUUUAUGUAUAUUUGAUUAUGAAAGUGCAUUAGAAUUUGUUUUUGAUAAAGAAGUUAAAUUAGUAAGUGAUGCACUUCGUUUAUCAAGUUCAGUUUUAGCAUCUGAUACAAAUAAUUUAUCAUGUCAAAUAAUUGGUCGUCUACUUCCAUUUUAUAAAACAUGCCAUAAAAUAGCUUCACUUACUGAUCAAAGUGAAAGUACUGGCUUACAAGUAAUGGGACUUUUACCAGCUUUUAAUACAUUACCAUCACCUGGUGGUCCACUCGUUUAUUCAUUAGAAGCUCAUGCAUUUGCUGUCUAUGGUCUUGAAGUUAUUUCAUCUGGACAAUCUCUUCUUACUGUAUCAAAUCGAUUUAUUGUUUUUGAUUUAUCAAGUGGUGAUAUUGUACGUAUUAUUGAUCCUAAAAUUGAAGGUAUUAUGACAUAUUUAGCUAUUGCACUUGAUCAACGUUAUUGUUUAACAGUCACAAUAAGCAAUCAAGAUAUUAUAUGUAAUUUAUUAACUGUAGAUUUUAUUUUACGUGAUUAUAAUCCACUAACAAAUAAUCAAAAACAAACAAGUGGAAANAUAAAUGGAACAAUGUUGAGAGCUGGGCCUUGCGCAGAUCGAAAGAGAACAAUUUUCUCUAUUGAGUGGCUAUAUUGCAAGUCAAAAUCAAAAUAG